AUGGAUGAGGUGAAGGACGACGCCUCGUUCAAAGGGGUCGCGGACCGCCUGACUCUGGGAGUCCUGCGGAUCCUUGAAAACCUUCCGGGUGUGACCGACGUACGCUUCCCAGAGAGAGAGCCAGCGGAGAAGAGGAGUCUGCUGAACUGGGAACAGAAAAACGCCUGUAUUUUACCGGAGGAUCUGCGGGACUUCUAUCUGACAACCGACGGCUUCAGGCUCCAUUGGAAUGUCAAGCUAGACAAUGGCAGUGCUCCGCUCGGCCGUAUGGACAUCCACAGUGUUUCUCGUCUUUCUCCACUUCUGCCUCCAACGUCUGUGUUUAGUUUGCCCAACGCUGCGUCUGUUAGCGACCUGGACUGGGACCAAGAACCAGGCUCGUCGCUGACUCCUCCCCCUGAGGCCCAUCCGACUGUGGCUCCACCCCCUCCACACUUUGACGCUAGGAGUCGUAUCUUUGAGCUGGACUCUUGCGGCGGCAACGGGAAAGUGUGUUUGGUUUACAACAACUGCACGCCAGGUGUGGUGGCCCAGCUCGGGCAAGUCUGGUUCCUUGAUCGUUCUCUGCGCUGGUUUUUCUUCACGUCUUCGUUUACGUCGUUCUUCCGACUCAUGAUCACUCACCUUGGGCUGCCUGAAUGGCACUACAACUGCACUUCGUACGGCCCCUCCCCUUUGGCACAGCAGUGGGCGGCGCUGUACCCCCCACUGACCUUCAGUGACCCUCAAGAUACUCCCACCACAGAGCUGAACUGUCUUGACCCGAGCAGAGCCUUCAAGACCAGGACCAAGACCCCCCCCAAAAAGAGAACGGGGACACAGGGAGGAGGGGCUAGGGGAGGAGGGAGAGGGAGGGGGAGGAGCUAG